AUGGCUGCUUCAUCUGGGAACACCUACCACGACAUCCAUAUCAGCGGCAACGCUAGAGUGCUGCUGGGAAACACGAUCGAUGUUCCAGAGUCCGCCCUCGCUACCCGCGCCGACUUUGUGGGUCAAUAUGCCAACUCGUCGCUUCGACCAGUCUCGAAUUACAUCCUUCGACCGGAGCUCCAUCGCAAAAUCAAAGAGCAACUACAUGAUCACAGCAUUGAUGAAGAGGAUACCACACGAAUACUGGUGGUCUGGGGGCUCGGAGGAUCAGGCAAAUCACAACUAGUGCUCAACUACAUCGACAAGUAUAAGCAAGACUACACCGGGGUAUUUUGGGUCGAAGCUGGAUCGAAAGAGACACUUGAGCGUGACUACAUUCAGAUAUAUCAACUACUCUAUGGUCGCCUGACCGCUGCGGAUCAGGGGACCGUAAAGGUGGAGGAUGCGGUGCUAGGGGUUAAGCGAUGGUUCCAGGGACGGCAAGGGCGGUGGCUACUAGUACUGGAUAGUGCGGACACGAUCGAUGACAGUCAAGAUAAAGAGUUCAUCGACUUGCAUUAUUUCUUGCCCGAGGCGCGGAGUCUACAUAUAAUAAUCACAUCCCGGAGCUCGACAGUCAAAGAAAUCACAAGAUUGGAUGCUAUAUAUGUAGCGGAGAUGGCCUCUUCGGAAGCCAUCGAGCUUUUCCAAGUAUCAGCGAAGAUGUUGAAGGCAAAUGUGAGUGAGGUACAGGAGAUCAGCAAGAUAGUUGAAGAGUUAGGGUACUUUGCCUUAGCUAUUACUCUGGCUGGGUCGUACGUGUCGGUGACUCCACGCUUGUCAUCUGACAUAAGAGAUUACCUCCCCGAGUAUCGGCAAAGACGGAAAGAGCUGCUUCAGCGACGGCCCGAACAACAUAUACAUCGCUAUGGUGAAAGUGUACUAGGUACGUGGGAAGUAUCAUUUGAAGCUAUUCAAAACCGGAACCCAGUAGCCACCCGGCUGCUAAGUCUUCUGGCUUUUAUAAGCUUUGAAGAUAUCCAAAUGAGUCUCUUUACUAUUUCUACUGGUGAUUUUCGGGACGCUGCAAGCGAAGUGAAUGACAUAGGGUCUGUCAACGUGACGUGGCGAUCAUACCUUUUCGGCGAAAAACAGCAAACAGUUUUUGAGCUCGAGUCAGCUUUCGAAAUAUUGCGGAACUAUUCUCUAAUUCAGUGGAGACCAGAUCAGGGAAGCUACGCCAUGCACAAGCUUGUACAUGCUUGGGGUCAAGAUCGACUGCAAGUGGACAGGCAGAGGCAAGUGAGUGACCUUGGCCUUGCACUCAUUGCGGAUGGUUCGUGCCAGAGUAAUGUCGACCAUAGCUACAAGCUUCGUAUGGUGCCACACAUUAUGGCGAGCUUUGGUACUUGUUCUCAACUGUUUGAACCUCUUGGAGAGAAUACUAAGGGGGUACUCGCCGUCCUUGAAAGGCUAAGGCUAUUUCUGGAUACCAUUGGUAAAUGGUCAGAGGCGUAUCAGAUAAUGGCGUUCCAUUUGAAACAUGUGGGGACGAUUUUCGGUAAAGAACACCUGAAAACGCUAGACAGUAUGCAAGAAAUGGCAGAUUUACUCAUGAAAGAAAGCAAGCAUAUAGAGGCCGAGCAGAUGGCUCGAACAACGUUAGAAUUGAGAAAGAAGGUGUCAGGGGAAAUGCAUUCGGACACAUUGAAUUGUAUGCUCCUUUUAGGGAUUAUAUUGAAUCGACGAGGCAAAUACUUGGACACAGAGCACUUGUAUCGCCAUGGGUUAGCCUUGAGCGAAGCAGCUUUAGGCAAGGAGCAUAUCUGUACGCUGAGAUACCUGCGCAGUCUGGGAGAGGCAUUGAGCGGGCAAGGCAAGUAUACUGAGGCUGAGGACACCUUUCGUCGAGUACUAGCGUCAAGCACAUGUGUUUCAAGUGGUGAGCAUCAUCUUACGAAAUCUGGUCUGGCAAUGGUGUUGCGUGAUCAACGUAACUAUACCGAGGUCGAGGAUCUGGCUCGUCAAGUAGUAGCAUCGAGUGAAAGAGAGUUUGGCAAAACGCAUCCCAAUACGCUGGGAUACAUGAACAAUCUGGUAGUAAUUUUGACGGAGCAAGGAAGGCAUCUUGAGGCAGAAAAAUUGAUCUUUCAGGUGCUAGCAUUGACUGAAACAGUGCUUGGUCCAGAGCAUGACCACACGCUAAUUUGCAAGCGCAAUCUGGUUAGGAUAUACACUGAUACAGGACGCGGGAAUGAAGCUGAAAAGCUAGCUACAUCAAUAGUAGAAGCAAGUAUGAGGGUCUUGGGCGACGAGCAUCCAUCUACAUUAUCAAGCAAAGCCGAUUUAUCUACUAUUUAUGAGGGCCAAAGACGCUAUAGGGAGGUUGACGAACUCAGGCUAAAUGUCAUGGAAGCGUCACGGAAGGUUCUGGGCGAGGAGCAUCCUGAAACGUUGACUUACGUCGAAAACGUAGCUCUCACAUUGAUGUCGCAAGGCAGCAGCGAAGAAGCUAUCUCAUUGCAGAGACAUUGCUUCGAGCUAAGGCUGAAGGUCCAAGGGCAAGAGCAUUUCGAAACAAAACGUUCUCUUGAGAGACUACAAAGUUGGGAGAAGGAGCUUGAAUUGUCGGGUUCCCAGGGACAUAAUCCGGAUCUUUGCAGGUCAAAGUGA